AUGACACCGAACAUCGAGCAGGCGGAACGAAUGUUGGCCGAGCUUGAUAGUGCUUGUGGAAAGAUCUGCUCAGGAGUGAAAUUAACGAAGACUAUGUUCAUGGAAAAACGGAAUGGUUCCUGA